GAAAGAAGCCCUGGUCAACAAAGCCGCUGACUUCUCCGGCAGACCACAAGACCUCAUGGUUAAUCAUGCUGUGCAAGUGAAAGCUCAUGCUCCUGGAGUGAUUCUAGCAGAUUAUAACUCUGCCUGGAAAGAGCAACGACGCUUUGGUUUAAUGACCCUGUGGAACUUUGGCCUGGGGAAGCAGCCGAUGGAGCAGAGCAUUCUGGGAGAGACACAUCGCAUCAUAAAGCUGUUGGAGCAGAGUGUCGGUAAGACCAUGAAUCCCCAAAUGAUGUUCCACAAUGCAGCUUCUCACAUCAUCUGUCAAGUUCUGUUUGCUCGGCAGUUUGACUAUGAGGAUGAGUUCAUGAAGUUUUUUGUUGGACUUUUCCAAGAGACCUCUAAAAUAAUCAACGGGCGCUGGGGUAUGAUUUAUGAUUCUGUUCCCAUGGUGCGAAACCUGCCACUGCCCUUCCAGAAGGCCUUUAAGAUGUUCAAGGCUGCACAUGAAAGACGUUUGGAGGUGUUGGCUGAGAACAAAAAGACCAGAGUUCCUGGUAAACUGCGCCAUUUCAUCGACAGCUACCUGGAUGAACUGGAUAUGAGAGGCAAUGAUGGCUCCUCAUUUUCUGAAGACCAGCUUUGUGCAUAUAUUUUGGAUCUUCACUUUGCUGGGACUGACACAACUGCUAACACCCUGCUCACUGCCUUCCUCUACCUUAUGAAUGAUCCACAGAUACAGGAGCGCUGUCAGCAGGAAAUAGACGAUGUUCUGGGUGGGAAGGAUGAAGCCAGUUAUGAAGACAGACACCAGAUGCCCUAUGUUCAGGCCGUCAUUCAUGAGAUCCAGAGAAUGGCUGACACUGUUCCUCUCAGUGUUUUCCACUGCACCACUAAAGACACAGAGUUAAUGGGAUACUCCAUACCCAGGGGAACCAUGAUCAUCCCCAACCUUUCCUCAGUGCUGAAUGAGGAGGGGCAGUGGAAAUCCCCCCGUGAAUUCAACCCUGAUGAGCAGGGGGAGUUUGUGAAACCGGAGGCCUUCAUGCCUUUCUCUGCAGGUUCUCGCAUGUGUCUCGGAGAGGCUCUGGCUCGAAUGGAGCUCUUCCUCAUCGUGGUGACUCUGCUGAGGAGGUUCAGGUUCGUGUGGCCUGAGGAUGCAGGAGAGCCAGACUACACGCUUGUUUUUGGGACAACCCAGACUCCCAAACCUUAUUGUAUGAAUGUCCAAGUCAGAAAAACUGUCCCAUGACAGAGGUUGCCUUAAUAAUUUAGAUAUUGAUGUUGACUUGGAGUCAAGAUUGAAUUCAAAAUCGAUUCCUGAUUCAAUAUCGAUUCCUCAUUCAUCAGGCCUACACAGGGUGCUCGGGUCCACCGUGUGCUAAUAAAGGCUGUGGGGCAAAUUAUGGCAUGAAAGCAAAGUAUAAGAUUAUGGAGUUUUCUGUUACUAUAUUAUUAUUAUAUUAUUUUAUAUUAUUAUUUGAAAAAGUUAUAUCAACUGAUUACAAUAGUGUAAUCAGUUGAUAACAGUUGACAACUGUUACAGAAAGGCAAAAUGUAACAUUAAUUCAUGCUAAACCUGCAUAAAUAAACACACUUUACUAAGACGUUUUUAGUAUUCCUCAAUUCUCAGUAGCUUCAGGAAUAACAAGUUCAAGUUAUACAAAAAAAGGCAAAUGCUGCCUGUUGUAUUAAUACAGGCUUUUAUUUCUCAGAAAUAUGCCAAUUUUAAAAAGGUAUUGUACACAAAGUCACACUGUAAAACUGGUGUUGUGCAUUAUGUCCAUGACAUCGUGUUCUAACUGUUGGCGAGCAACGAGCGAUGCUACACUGCGCAGCACGGUGUGACUUUGUCGAUACGAUGCCUCUAUUUUUCACUACAAAAACCUAAGUAAGGUGGCAGCUGGCUGAGGGGAGUUUGCCUGAAAGUGUUCUGCUUGCUGUUGACUAUACUGCAUGUCAUAUAUCCAGUAAAUAUCACAAUAUAAAAUGUGUGUUUUCUGUAUAAACAGUACCAACGUCAGAAGAUGUCAAGUCAGACAUCUUUCAAUGUCUCAUAUCAUCUCAGGUUGGUAUGAGGCGAACAGCUGAUAGAUACAUGGUUUCAUUACAUGACAUAAUUUAGGAAGAAAAAAACUUUUAAAAUCGAUAUUUGGAAGUUGUGUAUCAUUUUAGAAACUUAGGCGAUAAGAAUUAUGAUUCUAAAGGAAAGAUUGUACGAAAUUCAACUUAUAUUGACAAACCCACAGAGGGUUUCACCAACUCUGCAGUUCCCUCGUCUCUAUGGAUCUUUAUCUCUGUCUUUAAACCCUCAUUUUUGUGAGGAGCAUACAAGUUGUAUUUAAAACCAGAUGCAGCUUGUUUCCACUGCCCCCGAGUGGCCAAAAAGUAUUCUUUAAACUACUACUGUGCCCUUUAUUCAAUGCAAUAAAGCUGCUAGUUGGAGUCAUCGUGUAGUUUACAGAAUGUUAAUUAUGCAGUAAUAUAAAUCAUCAGAUUAAACUAUGAACUCUAUAGUAUUUUUCUGUUUAGCACUUAUAAGUGAUCAGACAGACUUUCAGCCAGAUGUUGUGAUUAUCAUAAAGUAUUAUACUCAGUGUUCCCUUUUUGCCAGUGUAAAAUUUAAAUCACAGAAUGAUGUACAUUUAUGUCAAAUAUAUAAGUUGAGCAGCAUAAAAUCAACUUUGUCCCCUUUCUUAAGAAAGAAAGUGAAUCUGCAUGUGAAUUUUGAUGUAACUUGUGUACAAGUGAAUAUUUUGACCUGAGGGUGGCACUAGAGGAAAGGUCAUGUCACCAAAAUCACCAGGAUUCAACUCCGGCACGGUGCUAUUGUGAGGUACGUUGAGGUUUGAGGACUAUUUCCAUUUCACGGUAUAUAUAUUAUAUAUAUUCUUCUGCUACACUGCAUGAAUAUAUAAUAUUACAACUGACCGCUGCAGUUACUUUGCAGAUUAGGAUAUAACAUAUUACAUAACCUGUGAAGACCUUCUAUGAUGUGAUGCUGAUGAUGAAAUUAGAACGCUGCUUAUAUACUGCAUAAUACUUCUGUACUUUUACUAGAGUAAGAUUUUGAAUGCAGGAACCUUACCGUGUAAGUGAUUAUUUUCCUGGAAAUACUGAGGUAUUAAUGCUUGUACUUGAAUAAAGGAUCUGAAUACUUCU